AUGAACCCGCCGUUCAUCCGCAUCAAUGGAAGGGGUGGUCCUUGCACUUCGGCUCCCCCUCCGGCCCCCAACGGUCGACCUGUCGGCCCGCCAGGACAUGGACCACCUCCUCCGCCCCGGGACAUUCUUCCGGUAGAUUUGCGCAUGGGACCGCAUGUCCAAAUAUCGGAUGUGAGCCAGGACCUCGUCUCGGAAGCCGACAUGCGGGCUCAGCUCACGGAGUAUGUUGUAUACCGAUUCGAGAAGAUGAAAGAGCAAAAUCAAUAUGACGACGAAGGUCGACUUCGAGAACCUAGUUGGGACAAAGCCAUCAGAACCGAGGUUCGAAGUAUGUCUCGCCAACAGAUUUUAAGGCAGAUUCGAGAACUGGAUAGAAAUCAAGCACCCAUCUCAGACAAGAUGAAGUCCCUGAAACCCGUUUUGCAGCGUCAGAUCGAGAAAGCGCUAGAGCUUCUCACAGCCCGAGACCCCGACUUGAUGAACUAUCAAUGGGUCCUUGCCCAAAUUGAUCAUCAACUCAAGGCCGUCCCUCCAUAUGUCAUAACAGGAGCGAGUCACUACUCGCCGCCUCGAAGACAUCAUACCUCGAAGGGGAAACGGUAUAGCUCUGGUGGGAGUCGCCGUCACAAGAAGCGAGUGUUCGAGAGAAUUUCCCUCACAGCCUUUUUCAAGCGCGUUCCCCGCCCGGACGUGCACAUACCAGCGCUCUGGGAAAACAAGAGGAGGAAGUCGCUCUUCAUGCACCAAAACCAAGCCAACCACCCGCAUCCAAACCCUCAAUUGCCCGGCGGAGGUAGAGGAACUGGGCCUCCACCACUCCGGCCCAACGUGCUGCGGCCAGUAGGCGGCGUUACUCCUGUCCAUAUGGUUCAAGCCGGUGGUAAAGGAAAGGGCAAGGGGGGUGGCAAGGGCAAGGGAGGAAAGCACACUGAUUCAGACAGUGACUCUGACUCCUCGGACAGUUCAUCAUCGAGCGGGUCGAGCGGUAUCAUGACACCGAGCACAUUGCAAUCUUCGGGGUCGUCGAACAGGCAUGGGCAUCGAGGCCGUACGCACCAUAAGGACCACCACGCUCGAAGCCCAAGCAAACGGCGAGGAGACAAGGGCACAUAUUAUGUUGUGAACCCGCCAAGGCACCAUGGAGCCCAUGAUAACCGUAGCCCUAACCAUGGGCCUCGGGUCUUCCAAACUCCAGUGACGCCAGGACCGCAGUCUCCACCUCCACCACCACCUCCACCUCCUAGGGCGCCGGCUAGUGACAUCGAGAGAGCCAAGGAGGACGCCUACCUCGCAGGAAGACGCGACCAGAGGACGGAUGAGGUGCGUGCGACACAUCUCAGACCACGCAUCAUACAGUCACCACAGCCACUCCUCAGAGCGCGCCCGGUGUCGGUUGAUCCUGAGGAGUUCCAUUAUCGUCAUGGUGUUCGACGAGGCUUUGGCGAUGAUGUACCCCGGUUUUCUCACUUGUCUCUGGACGACGAGGACGAGGACGAGUAUGAGAUAUCGCAUCGAUAUGUAGACGCUCGUCGACCACGAGAUUAUGUGCUUCGAGGGCACCACGGCCACAGCUCCCUACUGGAUGAGGACCCGUUCCUCAAGGACCCACCGUCGCCAUCGUCAUACACGUUCAGCAGCAGAGACGAACGGAGACCCGGCGAGUACGUGAGACGAUACGGUGAUCUUGAAGUACCUCAUCGGUAUAUCGAGGUUCCCCUGCCCCGCAGAGAGAGGAAUCCGUUCAGCCCGCGGGUUGGGCGAGGGAGGCCGUACCCGUAG